AUGACGGCUUCAGAGUCUUUACCUGCAGUUCAGAUUGCCUCUCCCAUCAUUAGUAGGAACCAGUGGGCUCAGGAUGGCACAGCUCAAAUCUCUAGUCAGCUCAAGAGCGGCUAUAACCAUACGGUUUCUGCUAUGUGGCAAGCAGAGCGGCAGAUGCAUAAAUCAAUGUUCAUUUACCCUAUCUUCCUGUCUAGCGAUCCAGAUUUGGAAGAAAGCAUUCCCGGACUCCCUGGCCAAUACAUACGGGGAAUCAACAAACUUUUACCUUUUAUUUCUAUCUUAGUCUCAAAAGGUCUUCACUCGGUCAUUCUUUUUGGCACAUUGCUUAGUAGCCACACAAAGGACAAUGCCGGCUCAAUGGCAGACAGUAUCCAAGGUCCUAUCAGGCCCGCAAUUCCACUCAUACGCCAGGCCUUUCCCGAACUAUAUGUGAUCGCAGAUGUAAGCCUUUGCGAAUACACAAACCAUGGACAUAGCUCGGUAUUAUUUGAAGACGGCACGGUCGACAAUGAGGCAACCAUCGCGCGCGUCUCCGAUAUGGCGCUAUCCUUCGCCAGAGCUGGCGCCAACUGCGUCGCUCCCUCAGACAUGAGCGACGGUCGCAUACGCACAAUCAAGCUCAGACUCCUCGAAGCCCGGCUUGAAGGGAAAGUUGCUAUUAUGUCAUAUUCUGCAAAAUACGCCAGUUGCCUCUAUGGCCCUUUCCGUGAGGCUGUCUCGUCAAAUCUUGUCACAGAUGAGCACAAGCGCUAUCUCUUGCCUCCUCCGGCACGCAAACUAGCUCAUAAGGCCAUGAUCCGUGAUAUGAAUGAAGGCGCCGACAUGGUUAUUGUCAAACCGGGUUGGGCUGAUAUUAUCAGUGAUGCCAAAGGCAUGGCUAAUGUGCCAGUCGUGGCCAUGCAGGUAUCUGGUGAAUUUGCCAUGCUUCAUGCAGCUGCUAGUGCUGGGGUUUUUGACUUGAAAACCAUGGCUCUUGAAACGACCGAGGUGAUAGUCCGCGCUGGUGCCGAUGCCAUCAUUAGCUAUUUUACUCCAGACUUCUUGGUGUGGUUGAGUUGA